AUGGAUUUAUUGAGUAAAUUUGAAGUCCCUACGGCUACUUUGAAGGUUGAAAAUAUUCAGGAAUUGCUGGUGCUGGUGAAGGAUAAAUCAAAUUCAAUUAAUCUCACUAAAGAGUUCUGGGGGGAAGUGGUACAUCUGUUAUGGCAUCACUUAAAAACAUGUCUUGGCAAUUUAGAUGAUCAACUACUGUGUGCCACAUGUUUUUACUCUGUGAUACCAUUAGUAGACCAAAGAGAUCAGGAUUACUAUAUGGAAAAGCUACUACAUGUUGUUGGGCCUGAGUCAAAUUCUCCUUCUAGAUUUAUACGCAGGUCCAUGCCUGGGUCGAAAAGGCUGCCAUUUGGAAUUGAAUUAUCUCCUAAUAGUGAUCAUGUAAAAACCAUGUCAACAAACAUACUAAGAGUGGUCUCUUUAAUAUAUGGAUUGUUUCAGUCAUCAUUCACUACAAAAACUGAUAAUGACAAAACAUUUAAAAUAUCCGAAAUUUUAAAAGAAAUCUUUGAUUUGCUUCUGCCUAUGGGCUAUGAGUACUCGGAAUAUACAUUUUUGGUUUUCAAAAUAAUAAAAUCUUUCAGAAAGGUUUGCGGAGGGCUUUUGGAGAAGUAUAUUUUCAACAAUGAGAAUAACUUGAAGUUACUUGCCUUAGUUAACGAUAACUGGGAAAAUCCUAUAACUGGUGUAAGAGAUUUGAAUAGAUCCAUUUUUCAGACUGUAAUAUCAACGCUAGAUAAAUCUACUUAUGACAGAGUUUCAAAAGACAUUGAAGGUUUUUAUUGGAACAAAGCAAAAUAUUUAAUGCUGUCAGAUAUAAUCGAAACUUAUACUGAUGACAUUCUAUUGCUAAUCAAUCACAAAUGGAUAGAUGGUGUAGUUUACAGUUUAUAUAAACCAGGACUAGUGUCUGCAGGAGCUGACAUGUAUUAUGCAUUGCUUAAGAAAAUUAACAAUCAAGAUUAUUGGUGUCAAUUCUUUUUACUUCAUGUUUUAAAAAUUCUAAGUGGCAGUUGCAUUAAAGCGAUUGAGAAUUUCUGCAACUACUGGUGUUUGACUACAAUGAAGAAAUUCAGAACAAUAUCAAAUGUUUUAAUAGAUGAACUCGAGAAAGUAGAAUAUUCAGAUCAAGUUUUACAUAGUAAAUUGGGUAUAUUGAGGCAAGCUAACAAACUUGGUGUGCUGGAUAAGAACUGGAGCUCAACUUCUAAUAAUAUUACCAAUUAUGUGCUUGCUGGAAUCAAUAACUAUAACACCCAUGUGCGGAUUUUAGCAUUUGAUAUUAUCUGUGUUUCACAAACAAAAUCUAUUCCAACUGCAACUGAAUACAAUCUAAUAUUAGAAUAUCUUAGUUGUAAUUUAAAUUCAGAUAGUACAGUCUUACGCAUAAUGUUAGAAGAAUGCAUUACCAAUUCUUACACUCUAACAUCAUUUGACCACGAUAAAAUGUCUUCUGUACUACAAGUUUUAGAGAAUGUAUCAAAUCAAUUUGUGUGGGAAGAAGAAAAAAGCUCUGAUUUCUCAGAGAUGAAUAAUAUGAUACAGAAUAUUAUACUUGCCUCAAACUAUAGUUUUGUUGACAAAGAUGAUCACACAAAAAUAUCAGGGUUACAACAAAUUGUAUUAAACUGUCUGUGGUUAAAUGUGAAGGCUUCUUGUGAUUUAGCAGCAAUAUUGAUACGUUAUAACGUGGAUGAUGCCAUUAUGUGCCAGAGAUGCUUAAACAUAAUUACACGUGUUUUGGAAACGUCUCGACAUAAAGGAGCGAUCGAAGCUGCUGGAACUGCGUUAGGAAAAGGAAUGAACUAUUUAACAUCAUUACCAGAGAAAAAAAUUGGAGAUAGUAACCCUUCGUCAGGUGAUGUUACAAAAUUGCCAUAUACCUUACUAACAUGUAAGCUCAACGACUUAAUAUCAGAGACUAGUAAAAUGUCUUCUGUUACAAGAAGAGGAGCUGGUCUAUCUAUUAUGCUUCACAGGAUAGUGUCAAAUGACAUGAAGAAAGGAAAACCGCUGUUCCAUUAUUUUAUUAAGACUCUUUUACAAAAAUGUAAGCAUCCUGGAGCAGCGCAGAUAAAGAAAAGUAAUAGCAGCACAGAUAAAAAUGUAGAAACUCAAUUGGACUUGCCUGCUGCCAUCUACAUCCAUUUCAUGACGAGAAUAGUAACCGACAGCAGUUUAGCUACGGAUGUCAUGUAUUAUUCAGCAGAAUUAGCGGAACUUGCUUUUGGAAAUCUUACAAGUUCACAUUGGCAAAUCAGAAAUGCAGCGCUUCAGCUCUACGGAGCUCUUAUUCCAAGAUUAAUUGGUCAAAAAAAAGCAUCUGGGACAGACGAUGAAACUAUAGCAACUGUUGCUUGUGACGAAAUGCUUACCCACUUACCAGAAUUAUGGAAGUAUAUUAUUAAGCAGUUGAAACAAAGUGGAGGAGAAAAUCUACUUCAGACUCAUUCCAAUUUAGUGCCAAUAUUAAAUUUAUUGGCAAAUAGCGCAAAGCGAUACCACUUUUCACUACCUGUUACGGAAUCUGAUACAGAGAUAGUGGACCUUUUCUAUCAUCUAGUAGUAUUUUUAGGUAGUCCUAUAUACACUGUAAGACGCCUGACUGCUAAAACAAUUUUUAACAUUUAUGAAUUUCAGUACAUAAGUGAUUUUCUAUUAAAACCAAAAAAUGUGACAGAAAAUCUACUUCAUGGCAUGUUGUUGUUGUUAAAAUUAUGCCACAAUUAUUACGCCUGUGAUGUAAGAAACUUGAGAGAGACAUUUAAGAGGAUACUUGGUACUAGUCAACAUUCAUAUCUGUGUAAGACUCUGUAUGAAGAUGUUUUCGCCAUUGAAAUCAGUAAGACAGUUAUAGAAAAUACAUUAUUGGAGUGGAAUAGUAACACGGGUCCUGGCAUUCAUACAUGGGCAGAGAAUCGUUUCCGGAAAUUUAUAGACAAAUGCCCCUGGAGUGACAUACCGAACUUAUUAAAUUUGUUGUUAGCACAGUGCAAUUAUGAUGACUGUGUUACAAGAUUUCUUGGGUUCCUAUUAUCAAGAAUUGAAAAAGAUAUGAUUAUUCCCACUGAAGUUCUACUACAAAUAGCAAGUAAUCUUAUUGCGUUUGAAAAAAAGUACAACUGCAGUAUUAUUUGGAGAAUACUUUAUGAAAUCUCUAGAAGAACAUGCUUGCGUCAUUGUAUAGAUACGGCACAGCUUUUGAAAAACUUGAAGCCACAGACAUAUAAUCUGAGAUAUAUCGUACCGUUAGUAGCAAGGCAUGUUGACUGCGCUAGUAAUGAAGAUAAGCAUAUUUUACUAAAAAUUAUCCAUGACUUUAGUGAUUUUGAAACUUCUGAUAUCGUAAUGAGAUAUACUGCUGCAAUUGCUAACAAUGAACUUUCUUAUAACUUCAACGAGUUGCUAGACUCACUGAAAGUUAUUUCAAUAAAAUGUGCUGUUUUGCUUUUACAAGAUGAAGAUGAAGAUAUCAGAAAUUUAAGUGUACAUUUUUAUUGUAUUAUUAGCAGAGAAAACAGAUUGCUGCAACCAUAUAUUUGUUUAAAUAGAAUCUUAGAUAAAAGCUUUUUAAAUGUAAUAUUUACAGAACCAGAAAAGUCAAUUGAAGAACUUAAUAGGGAACUUACUGCUAUUGUGCAGUUUGUUCACCAAGUAGACGAAUACAAUCCAUUUGCAAAUGAGUCUAAAAAUAUUUACUUUGAACCGGACAUUUUGAAAGACAUGGUUGAAAGCCUGAAUAUACACUCUUAA